GCUCCUCCGAAGACUUUGCACAUGGCACCUGUGGCUAUUGACAAGACUGUGGAGGGUAAGGCUGUCGUGGUCGCUAAGCCUGGACAAUCUUACAACCCUGCUAUCCAGGAGUGGUCCGAGCUCGUCAAGAACGCCGCAGAGAUUGAGGAGGAGCGCGAGAGGAAGAGGGCUGAGGAGGCUGCACGGAAAGCGCAGAUCAAGGCACUUGCCGCGACCAUCAUCGAGAACAUCGUCGAAGAGAAUAGCGAGGCUGAAGAGGAACAAGCGGGCGACGAUAUGGACGUCGACCAAGCCGAGAAGAAACUCCCUAAGCGCAAGACAAAGGCCGAGAGAAAGAAGGCUGAGCGCGCAGUGAAGCGGGCACAGGACGAACUCCACCAAGCAAAACUAAAGACUCAGAAACUACAACUCGCACAGCUCGCCGCACACAAAAAGGAGCAGUUAGUCUCCACCACCGAGUCCGCCGAAGAAAAGGCCCGUCGCGCACCCAAACGUCUCGGGCCCUACCGUCUCCAGCAUGAACCCCUCGAGCUCCAGCUCUCCGACGAACUCGCCGAGUCCCUCCGCACGCUGAAGCCGGAAGGCAAUGCGUUGAGGGAGAGGUUCGUGAGUAUGCAGAAGCGCGGUAUUUUGGAGGUGAGGGUGCCGGUUAAGGAGAGGAGGAAGUAUGAGCUUAAGGAUAUUGAGAAGUGGAGUUACAAGGAUUGGAAGCAUACUCCUAACCGUAACUAGGACGGUUCUGGGUGAGAUUGUUGAGAUAUCAAGGUGUUAUAGGGUACUUUAUUUCACUGGGUUCAUCAUGGGUCGU